AAAUUGGUCACUUCAAACCUCGACACAGAGGAUAAAGGUCGUCUGUGUGUAAAUGUGACUACCUAAUAUGUAACGGAAGUUCAAGGAAAUACCAGGCCACUAAUGAGAUAAUUUUGAUAUUAUCUCUAAAUUAUUGAUUAAUUUCGUAGACAAUUCGACACUAAAAUGAAGAUUUGGACAUCAGAACACACUUUCAACCAUCCGUGGGAGACGGUUGCUCAAGCAGCAUGGAGAAAAUACCCCAAUCCUAUGAACCCAGCAGUUAUCGGAACCGAUGUAAUCGAAAGGAAGGUUGUGGAUGGGGUUUUAGUCACACACAGACUCGUCAGUUCCAAAUGGUUUUUCCCGAGAUGGGCACAAGCACUCAUUGGAACUGCGAAAAUUUGCUACGCUAGCGAAAAAUCUGAAGUGAACCCAAAUGAACGACAGAUGACCUUAAAAACAACAAACCUCACAUUCUGCCGAUACAUUGCCGUCGAUGAGACUGUACGGUACACACCACAUCCAUCUGAUACUUCGAAAACCUUGCUAACACAGGAGGCUGUAGUCACAGUACAAGGUGUACCACUUAGUAGCUACAUGGAAGAUCUCUUAACCAACAAAAUUUCUUUGAACGCUGGUAAAGGUCGCCAAGCUAUCGAGUGGGUCAUCGGUAAAAUAGACUCAGAAAUAAAGGAACUGGCAAGCACAGCAUGUAAAAGCACAGAUGAAUUAUUAUCACACACAAAGAAAUCUCUGGAUGAUAUUACUUCAACCGCAAGGAGAUCAAUGGAUGAUAUAUCAUCAAAGGCCAAGAGGUCACUCGAUGAUAUAGAAAAAUUCACUAAGGCCAAUGCCAAUCAAAGGAGCUGAAAAGAGGAGUGAUCGUAUUGUUGUGUCACACAACUAAUGACCUGCACUAAAUGUCUAAUUAUAACUAGUUAAUUUAUCUACUGUUAUAAUACUGUAAUUUAUUUAUUUUGUAAUGGCAAGAAUGUGCUUAAUAGCAUGCUUACGUGAAUUCAGAUAAAGGCAUAGUUAUCAAGUUGGUUUUUGCAUGGUAUAUCAACUGAUUGUGUUAUCAGCUGUAUUGAUGAUUGAUGACAUAUCAGUAAAAUAGUGUAUGUGCAAAACUCUCUUCAAAUAUGUAACAUAGUACCUGCAUUGAAUUUUUAUUAUAAUAGUUAAUCUUGUUUUUGGAAAUAAUAUAAAUUACCUCAUAUGACAAAUUUAUUGUCUCAAAGAGUAAAUGUGGUGUUGUGUAGUUACUUAUGUGUUGAACAAAAGUAAUUGUAGAUAAAAUGAUUUUAAUAAGUAUUGUAGAUUUACAAAUGUGUAUAAAUGUAGCUUAAUACUAAUUGGAUGUUUAAUGAUAGUAAAAUUUCUUUCACAUUUUAUAUUAAUUAACAUAUUUAAUAUAUAUUGUAUUCUUAAAUUUAAUGACAACACUUUGUGAUAAAAGGUAAUUUAUGCAACAGAACAAGUUGGCAAGGAUAUUUUACUUUCAAUUCCAAGUCAAUGCCAAGAAAUUGCUAAAUGCAGACAAGACUGAUACACUUCCUAAGAGUGAUGGAUUUUAAAGAAAUAAUCUAUGCUUGACGCAGAUAAUAAUAUAUGAAUCCAAAUCUGUCUCCAAGAUGGUGUGCAAUCAUGAUGAAUGUAAUAUAUUAUUCGCAUCCACUCAUAUAGACAGGUGCAGUCAGGUCAAUCAAUAGUAUGAUCAUUCUUAAACAUUGUAUAUUUGCAAAACUCAGCAAUGUGCUACCAUUCCCUGUUGGUUGUCCUUGAGUUAUGGCAAAUGCAUUCCAAGUAAAUGUCGUUUUGUGUUAGAGUUGAUACCAGCCCACACUGGUGACCAAAAGGAGAAUUGUUGUGUUUUAAAUAAGAUUCUUCCUGUCCACAUUUUUAUAUGACUUUUCACUUUUGAGUGGCACGGAAGUGGCAGUUUUUACCAAAGGAUUAAUUAUAUUUGAAUGCAAAAUAUUUUCAAAUUAUUUAUCUAAAAGUUAUAUUGUGACCUCAUACUAGGUGUGAUCUCAUGUACACUUGGUUAUUGAUCUAAAACUAUUUUCAGCAUCAGUGUAUUUUAAAUUUCAUAUAAUUUGCAAUAAAUUUUUGAUGAAGUA